CUUCGUGGAUGAUGGGUGCGAUGCGUUGUUAUUACAGAACGUGCUCGUUUCCCCGGUAUAUAACAAAUAAAUAGAUCCAGUGGAGCCCCGCCCCGCCUCUUUAUAUCAGCGGCCACGCCUUAAACAGAUCGCCUCCAUACCCAUUCCAUCUCUGUCUCUCUUGCCACCCGUCCAACCACCAUGUCAGUCUCGCCACACAAAAGCGGUACAUUUUCGCCAGUGUCGGAAGGGGUGGAGGCAUAUGUCCUUUUAACCAUAGAUCAUGCAAACGUCAAACAGGUUUUUGAGGGAGAAGAAAUGGACUUGGCGAAAGGACAGCUCAGUGUCCAAUGUGUAUCUCUUCCUAUUCCACCAGAAAUUGGCCACCAGACCGCCAAUCCAUUCGCACCGUCUCCUUCUGAUCCUCCUGUACCAACUCAAGAUUUCUGGCUCGUUCUUCAUGUUGGAGCCACAUUUGAGCUUGUCGCCACCCCAGGACAGAUGUUCAAGCCCUAUGUUCAAGGAGAUAAAAUUACCUACGAAAUGACUUCCAAAGACAUUCCGGGUGCUUCACUUCUUUUCAGUACCCCCUACCCGACGUCUGGGUCAGAUUUAGAAAGCCUACAGUCGUUGGAGUCAUUGCUACAUCAAUAUGGAUGUCUUGCUCCGGAGACUACGGCCUUGAGUGGGAUUUCUACUGCACGAAACACAGGUCAGCCAUCUCAAACUGCCCCUGACGAGCUUCGCGGGAAGCUUGUACUUGUCAACGAGGACAAUGGAGAAAUCAUAGGAGAAAUGGAUCAGCAAUUGGAACUCCAGGAAGAUUCAAAAAUCGCGCAAGAAUCGAAGCUUAACCCCGUUGUACUCGAUUUCGAGCAAUUCCGAGAAGGCCAAGAAGCAUUGAGAGUAAAAGUGAAAACGAUCCCGGAGAAGGAUUUGGACGAUUGGCUGUUGAGAGGCGCCAAUUCGUUAAGCCAUGGAAUUUUGUCAUUUGGGGAAUGGACGUCUCGGCAAAUGCUGUCUGGGGCCGAUCUCUAUAUCAAAAACACUACCCCUCGAACUGAGCCUGUACAAUUUGGACCUCAAACAAAAGAGGGAUUCUUGAAGGUUCACAGUGCCUCUGUCAAAACAGCCACUGUGACUAAAUCGACUUUGAACAGACUUCAUGGAGUCAUUCAAGGUGCCGUUGAGAAAACUUAUACGCAUGGAUUCCAGCCAGCCAAAGAUGCCUAUCAGCGAUACAAUCGAAGUACCCCUCCUCUUCCUCCUCGACCCAGUCAAAACAGCAUGGAUAAGCCAAACAUCCCUCCCAGCCGUCCCAUAGGGGAUUCGAAAGCAACAGAUCUGACAAGCUCGCUACCUCCAGAUGCGCCAGGCGCUCUAAGUGAGGGCAAGGCCAUUGACUAUCCUAGCCAUUCCCAGUCAUUGAUCGCUGAAAAGGAGACCUUGAAUCCACCUUCAUAUGAGACUUCACAGCAAAAGGAGGCUCAGCAGCAGUCAACCAGCAUGGUUGCAGCAGGUGAUCAGCCAAAGAAAAAACAAGGAUUGCUCAGCAGGGUGGUUUUGGCAAGCGAAGUGGUACUCACAUCUCUAGAGGCCACUGCCCAUGAUGUGUUAAACAGCGGCACUGUUGCAGCGUCUUCAGCGGCCGGCCACAAGUUUGGAAAGGAUGCAGGCGAACUGACUGCAUUGAUCGGAGGAUCGGUCAAGAACGUUGCGGUCGUGUAUAUUGACGUGGCGGGGACGGGUCGAAAGGCUAUACUCAAGUCUACAGCCAAAGGAAUAAUCAAAACCAGAUUGCAAUCUGGCGAGACGGUUGAACUCCAGGCAGAAGGGCAAGGCAAUGGAAUGAAAGCCGGUGAAGCGGAAAGCAAAAACGGUGACAUUGUUGUUGGUAUGGCAGAGCUUGGGACCCAGACUUCAGGUACUUUAACACCUUCCAAAAAAUAGUAGAUGCGGAAUUGUUGUGUGUUCUCUGUCAUUAAUGACCAAAAGCAGGUCUGUACAUGUUUGUUGCACAUAGUUAUGUUUCCGUGACGAUUGAUAACGUUUUGUCGGAAUGCACGCCGUGAGG